AUGCGCACUAAACAAGCACGACCUCGUCGCCGACCAUACACAAAUGAAGGCGUCGUGCAAACUGAGACAACGCAGGUAGCUCCAAGAAGGCUUGAAGCGAAGCGCCCACGCUCCUUGGCACCCGCUCAAGCCUGCACUGAAACCUGGUUGGACAUCGAGCCUGCAGCAGCCGCAGACUCGAACUGGUUCGCUGUGGGUAUGCUGGACGGGCUCGGGCAACACCAGGUGGAAACGUUUACGGACAGCGCCGUGCUGCACUUGCGUGCCUCGGAAAACGUUCCUGCAUUGUCCGGAUCACAAACGUGCUGGUCACUCCGCUUCGUCUCAACGGGGUGUGCGGGCGCGGACUGCAAGCCACCAAUGAGGGCAAGGAAGCGGAAAGCGCCCGACGACGCCGAACAACCGGAAGCAGUGAGCCUGGGCCCAGUGCCAGCGGCGCUGGUUGAAAGCGUUACGCGGCUGUGCCAGAGGAAGAUCCUGACGCUUGCACCUAUUCCGGAGCCGAUCCCGAGCUUCCUUGUCCUUGUGCAUCGGGAGCGAUGCCUCGCGGCGUCUUUACGACAGGAGGUGCUGCGGCGGGACCUGCACCAGGUACUCAGCUGGUGGCAUCCCCAGGUGGCGCUAGCUGAAGCCCGGCUGCAGCCAACUGCAGCUUACGCACCAGCGAAUGUGGGCUGGUGCUUCCGCUCGGCUCGCGGCGUGGUGAACGUACAAGUCGCCCCUCGAGCUGCCGAUGAGCGAUCGUUAUGGGGCGAAGCGCCCUGGGUCUAUGAGGCCAUGCGCCGCUUGCCGUCGGAUGUCGACGCUGUACCUGAAGCGUCGCCCGGAGCACCCCAUGGUGCCGCGAGCAGGCCUCUGGUGUCGCCGGAGGUUCCUGGUUUGCGGCCGCGGCUGCGCCCCUAUCAGUGCCGCGCCGUCACCUGGAUGCUCGAAAGGGAACGUCACGGGAUUGCUUGGGAGUCACUGGCACCGGUUUGCAUCCCGGAUACGCGAGGUGGUGGCGAGUACGCGCCGCUGCUUUUCCAUGCGCUCGAGUCGGUUGCAACCGCGGCCUCGACAUCGGGAAUCGAUACCAUACCCGAGCACCUCGUAUACGGUGGCAUGCUUUGUGACGAGAUGGGCCUCGGCAAGACCGUCGAGCUGCUGGCUUGCAUCCUUCUGGAGCGUGCGCAGCGACCAGUCGCCGGAAAUGCCUCUGGACAAUCCGAUGAUCAUAUUCCGGAAGAUGGGUGCGUUCGUCAAAGCAAGAGAGUAUGCUGCGAGUGCGGUCGGUUUCAAAACAAGCCACUUGUUCACGCGCUCAUCGUGGGCCGCGCUCGCAAACGCUAUUUCUGCGAGGAUUGCGCCGAGCUGCUUCAUUCUGAUACGCCCCUACCAAGCAAGUCGACGCUCAUCGUUUGUCCGAGCAUUAUCCUUCGUCAAUGGGAAAGCGAGAUACGAAAGCACGUCGAGGAUGCCUCCCUGGAUGUUGUCGUGUACCAGGGCCUGCACCGCGAGACCUAUCAGCGUCUGAGACGCCUGAGGCGAGCGGAUGUGGUGCUCACCACGUACGAUGCCCUGCGCGCAGACGUCAACCGGGCACACGAGAACAUUCUUCGGCCGAGAAGUCUUCGAUACGAGAAGCGCUAUCGAGUUGCACCAACCCCUUUGACUCGCAUAGAGUGGGAGCGGGUAUGUCUCGAUGAAGCGCAAAUGAUCCGUGGUGGUGUUGCCGCGGCAGCAGCGAUGGCGCUGCAGCUGCACGCGCACAAGCGUUGGUGCAUCACCGGUACCCCAGUACGCCGAUCUGUGGACGACCUGGAAAGCCUUGUGCGUUUCCUGAGGUUUGAACCCUUCUGCGAACCGGAAAUCUGGCGCAAAUGGUUGAUACGACCCUGCGAGCGGAACGGCAGCGGUGCGAGCUUGCGACUAGCGCAGCUGAUACGAGCGCUUGCCUGGCGCUCCCAGAAAGCCGACGUCUGGAUGGAGCUCAACCUUCCGCCGCAGUUUGAAAUCAUGCAGAACCUCAGCCUCGGCCCCGUCGAGCGACACUAUUACAACCGCCAGCACGAGACCUGUGUCAGUUUUGUGCAGCAUCUAUUAAACGCACGGGUUGCGAAAUACCUGGAGGAACCGGGUUCGCUGCUCAAGUCUGCGUCUCGACGCGGAUACGGCCUGGUUCGCUCGGUGCUGCAUCAUCUGAAAGUGCUAAGGCAGGCGUGUUGUCAUCCACGUCUGGCCCCGGGAGGUUUCGGUGGUAGCUCCACAGGGACUGGGCUCGAGGCGAACAUGAUGACCAUGGAUCAGGUACUGGAUGUCCUCAUUCAACGAGCACGACUCGAAUGCGAGGAGGCACAACGCUCGCUGGUGGCAUCUUUGAAUGGACUCGCUGCCAUCGCGUGGUUGCGUGGUCAACCAGCCGAUGCAGUUCGCCUGUACCGCGCAGUGCUGCAGCGUGCACAGGAGCCGAAACAAGCCAAUUUUGUCGAAAUCGAUCCGCUACAGCGAUACCAUGUACUGGUUAAUUUGGCACAAGUGCUGGAGAAGCACCCCGCUGAACGCUUAGAUUUUGGGGUAACGCUCCGAGACGAUUGUCUGCGCUCGGAUGCCGACGCUUUACGCGAGGCGUAUUUACGGGAGCGACGCGAGCAGGUGCAAAACGCGAGACGGCAGUUGCAGCGUCUCAGUUCCGAACUGGAACGCUGUGCGCAUGCAGCGCCCGUGCGUCUCUGGUGGAUGACGGCGCUGGACGCCAUCGAACGAGCCGAUUGUGGACAGUGGCUUCUGGAUCGACUCGAGGAGGACGGCAUCGUUCGACAGCUGCUCGGCGGAACGCAGACGCUCUCGCUGAAGGCGCUCCGUUACGCUCUGGUACGAAGCUUCGAUGCCCUUGAGCAGAGUCGACGCACCCUGCUGGAUCGGCUCCUGUCACUGCCAGGCAAUGGCGAUGCAGAACCGAGCGAAGCCGAGGUGCGUGCUUCCGGGACCUGUAGACAGUGCCGGGAGGACAUGCUGGGAGAGCCCUGUCGACACUGCGAAUCAGAGGACCUCUUUGAUGCCUACGAGCGAUGCCUCUUUGCCGUGCGCACCAGGCUGGUGAACGCGAGCAAAGCCCCCGACGCAACCACUGGGGAUCGUCUGCGUCGUGCAGCGGCGGUGAUCACCGAGGGCGACGGUGGUGUCCGUCUGGCCAGCGAGCUGGAACGUGCCCUGCGCUUCAUUGCAGCUGCACUAAGACGCUUGGACGCAGAUGCAGAUACUGGGGUUCUCGGAGAAUCAGCGGCGAAAGAGUGGGAGCGCUUCGCCCUGCUGAAAAAGGAAUUUACGCAUGCACAUGUCUAUUUCCGCGCUCAGAAAGACUAUCUGGGCGCCCUGGAUGAACUCAUUAUGGCGGCAACACGCAUCACGCUCCGAGCACCUGGCGAGCAAGUCAGCGAGUCAGAGCGCCGCUAUCGAAUCCUAGAGGCGGAAAUCGAGUCUACAGCGCUUGCGCUAGAGUUAGAUCGCCGCCUCGCUGAAGAACAGUCAGAUCGCAAGAAAGGCCAGCUGGUCUACUUGCAACGCCUGAAAAGCUCCUGUGUAGAGGAUCUCGCAGCGAAGCGUCAGGAGCCCUGUCCGAUUUGCUAUCGACAGCUGGGUUCCGAGCUUGUCCUCCUGCCGUGUGGCCACUGUUUCUGUAUCGAAUGCACGUCGAGCUACCUCGAGGCGCGCGUCUAUCGACAACACAGCCGCUCGCUGCCGUGUCCACUUUGCCGUGAGGUCUGCAACACACGAGAGGUCUCGUUCAUUCAGACGGGAGCAGCGAGUUCGCAGAGCGCGAUGGCACCCAUUAAAGGAAGCUUUGGCGCCAAAAUCGAAGCAGUCGUGCGCGAUCUGCUGUUCAUCCAAGAAUACGCGACAAGACAGGUUGCGGAGCGAGGGCCUGUUCCCGAUGCAACCCAUCGAUGCGUCGUGUUUUCGCUGUGGUCAGAGCUGUUACAGAUCUUGAGUGCGGCGCUCGAGCGCAACAAUAUCCCGCACGUUAUCGGUGAUGUUGAGGCUUUUCGCGGGCGUCGUGAGCCAAUGUGCGCGCUGCUCUUGCCGAUUCGCAUCGGAGCCAAUGGUUUGAACCUCGUCGAAGCACGGCAUGUGUUUUUACUGGAGCCGCUGUUGGACCCUGCGGCCGAGCUGCAAGCAAUAGGUCGUGUUCAUCGUAUCGGUCAGACGUGUUGCACGUAUGUUCAUCGCUAUGUGGUGCAGGGUACCGUCGAGGAGCAGGUACAGGCGAUCAGCGCGAGUCAUGUCUGGCAGCAGCAGCAGCAGCAGCAGCAGCACCAGUCUACAGGGCAGUGUCGAGCACGUCCCCCAGCCGACAUGCUCGAUACACAUGCUCUGACGCUCGCCGAUCUGCGCAGCAUGUUCGAGCCUGCUGGCAGGUAA